AUGAAGGAAGACUCAACAGUUUCUCUGCUGAAGCUGCCAUUUCACACCACCACACCAAUCAGCGAUCCAGACGAAGGGAGGUGUGCUCGGGUUUGGAUCCCUGAUGCAGAAGAGGUGUGGAAGUCUGCUGAACUCACGAAGGACUACAAAAGUGGUGACACCUCUCUUCAGCUCACGCUAGAAGAUGGAACGAACAUCGAGCACAAGCUGGACCCCAAGACGAAGAAUCUGCCUUACCUGCGAAAUCCCGACAUCCUGGUGGGCGAGAAUGACCUCACUGCGCUCAGCUACCUCCACGAGCCAGCCGUGCUGCACAACCUCAAAGUCCGCUUCAUCGACUCAAAGCUUAUCUACACUUACUGCGGAAUUGUUCUUGUGGCGAUCAACCCGUAUGAGACGCUGCCCAUCUAUGGAACAGAUAUCAUUAAUGCCUACAGUGGUCAGAACAUGGGUGACAUGGACCCACAUAUCUUUGCUGUGGCAGAGGAGGCUUAUAAACAGAUGGCCAGGGAUGAGAGGAAUCAGUCGAUUAUUGUGAGCGGGGAGUCUGGUGCAGGAAAGACGGUGUCAGCCAAAUAUGCCAUGAGAUACUUCGCUACAGUCAGUGGCUCUGCCAGCGAGGCCAACGUAGAGGAGAAAGUCUUGGCUUCCAACCCCAUCAUGGAGGCCAUCGGAAAUGCAAAGACCACCAGAAAUGACAACAGCAGUCGCUUUGGGAAAUACAUCGAGAUCGGCUUUGACAGCCGUUACCGUAUCAUCGGUGCCAACAUGAGAACAUAUCUGCUGGAGAAAUCACGAGUGGUGUUUCAGGCGGAUGAGGAGAGGAAUUACCAUAUAUUCUAUCAGCUCUGUGCGUCAGCCCAUCUCCCUGAGUUCAAGGCUCUGAAGCUGAGCAGUGCAAAUGACUUCCUGUACACCAGGCAGGGCCGCAGCCCCGUUAUUGACGGAGUGGAUGACACAAAGGAGCUUUGCACCACACGCAAUGCGUUUUCCUUGCUGGGUAUUAAUGAGUCCUAUCAGAUGGGUUUGUUCCAGGUUUUGGCUGCUAUUCUUCAUCUGGGAAAUGUGGAGAUCAAGGACAGAGAUGCAGACAGCAGUGUGAUUCCUCCCAACAAUCGUCACCUGACAGCGUUCUGCGAGCUGGUGGGUGUGACCUACCAGGAUAUGUCCCAGUGGCUGUGCCACAGGAAGCUGAAGACAGCCACAGAGACGUAUAUCAAGCCCCUCCCUCGUCUACAGGCCACCAAUGCCCGUGAUGCCCUUUCCAAACAUAUCUACGCCAAGCUCUUCAACUGGAUUGUGGAGCACGUCAACAAGGCUCUGGUCACUAAUGUUAAACAGCACUCCUUUAUCGGAGUCCUCGACAUCUACGGGUUUGAGACAUUUGAAAUCAACAGCUUUGAGCAGUUCUGUAUCAACUACGCUAACGAGAAACUGCAGCAACAGUUCAACAUGCAUGUGUUCAAACUGGAGCAGGAGGAGUACAUGAAGGAGCAGAUCCCCUGGACUCUGAUUGACUUCUAUGACAAUCAGCCCUGCAUCAACCUCAUAGAAGCCAAGAUGGGCGUCCUGGACCUGCUGGAUGAGGAGUGCAGGAUGCCUAAAGGUUCAGAUGACUCAUGGGCUCAAAAACUGUACAACACCCACCUAAAGACAUGUUCCCUCUUCGAGAAGCCUCGCAUGUCCAACCGCGCCUUCAUCAUCCAGCAUUUUGCAGACAAGGUGGAGUACCAGUGUGAGGGUUUCCUGGAGAAGAACAAAGACACGGUGAAUGAAGAACAGAUCAAUGUGAUGAAGGCCAGCAAGAAGUUUGAGUUGCUGGUGGAGCUUUUCCAGGACGAGGAGAAAGCGACGAGUCCCACUGGUCACGUCCCCGGAACUGGAGGCCGCACCCGCCUCAGCAUCAAACCCGACAAGAGCCGAGACACAAGCAGCAAAGAGCACAAGAAGACUGUCGGCUGUCAGUUUCGUAACUCUCUACAAAUGCUGAUGGAGACUUUGAAUGCGACCACUCCUCACUACGUCCGCUGCAUCAAACCCAAUGACUUCAAGUUGGCCUUCUCGUUUGAUCCCAAACGUGCGGUGCAGCAGCUCAGAGCCUGCGGUGUCCUGGAAACCAUCCGCAUUUCUGCUGCAGGCUUCCCAUCGAGAUGGACGUACCAGGAGUUCUUCAGCCGUUAUCGAGUGCUGAUGAAGCAGAAGGAUGUCCUCCCUGACAAGAAACUGACCUGCAGGAAUGUUCUGGAGAAAUUAGUGCAGGACCAGGAUAAAUAUCAGUUUGGUAAGACUAAGAUUUUCUUUAGAGCUGGCCAGGUGGCUUACCUGGAGAAGCUGAGGGCAGACAAGCUGCGUGCUGCCUGUAUCCGCAUCCAGAAAACCAUCCGCUGCUGGUUGGCACGCAAGAAGUAUCUGCGCAAGCGCAGCGCCGCCAUCACCAUCCAAAGAUUUACCAGAGGAUACCAGGCCCGCUGCCUAGCCAAGUUCAUGCGUCGUACUCAGGCAGCGACCAUCAUCCAAAAGUACCAGAGGAUGUACGUGGAGCGGAAACGCUACAGGCAGAAGCAGGCAGCUGCGCUGGCCAUGCAAACCAUCCUCAGAGCUUACAUGGCCCGGCAGAAGUAUCAGGCGCUGCUGCGAGAGCAUAAGGCAGUGAUCAUUCAGAAGCACAUUCGUGGCUGGUUGGCUCGGUGCUGGUACAAGCGCUGCCUGAGUGCCAUCGUCUACCUGCAGUGCUGCAUCCGCAGGAUGAGGGCCAAGCGUGAGUUAAAGAAGCUGAAGAUUGAGGCUCGCUCAGUAGAACACUUUAAGAAGCUCAACAAAGGCAUGGAAAACAAGAUCAUGCAGUUGCAGAGGAAGAUCGAUGAGCAGAACAAGGACAACCGGGCAAUCAGCGAGAGGCUAGUCAGCCUGGAGAGUUCAUACACAGUGGAGAGCGAGCGAAUGCGUGGCGAGCUAAGCCGGCUGCGUGGGGUGGAGGAGGAUGCCAAGAACAAAGCCAACCAGGUGUCCUCUCUGCUGGAGGAGCUGGAGAGGCUGAAGAAGGAGCUGAGCGCCACACAGCAGGAGAAGAAGACCAUCGAGAACUGGGCGCAAAGCUACAGGGACGAAAUGGAAAAGAUGGUAGCAGAGCUGAAGGAUCAGAAUGGGCUGCUGAAGAAAGAGAAGGAAGACUUGAAUCGGCUGAUUCAGGAACAGAGUCAGCAGAUGACAGAGAAAAUGGCUCGUGCAAUAGCAGAGGAGACUCAGCAGCUGGAGACAGAUCUGAACGAGGAGCGUUCUCGCUACCAGAAUCUCCUGAGCGAACACCUUCGCCUCGAGGAGAAAUACGACGACCUCAAGGAGGAGAUGGCUCUUUCCUCGAACGUCUCCAAGCCUGGCCACAGGAGAACAGAUUCCACCCACAGCAGCAACGAGUCAGAGUACACAUACAACUCAGAGUACGCCGAGUUGGAAGACGGUUCCCGUGGCCGCGAAGAUGUGACACGAGGAAUCGACACCUCGCUAACUCUCAAGCUGCAGAAACGCGUUACAGAGCUAGAACAAGACAAGCAGCUGCUGCGCAACGAACUGGAAAACAGAGAGGAGCAGCUCCAGCGGGCUAGUGCCAUGGCUCGUGGGGCUGAGCUGGAGUACGAGUCCCUGAAGCGCCAGGAGCUGGAGUCAGAGAACAAGAAGUUGAAACAUAACCUGGAAGAGAUGAGGAGAAGUCUGCUUGGUAAUGCAGCUACAGGUGCCGGUGCCCCAGGCUCACCUGCUUACAAGGUGCUCCUGGAACAGCUCAAUUCCUCCUGUGAGGAGCUGGAGGUCCGCAAGGAGGAGGUGCUGAUCCUGCGCUCUCAGCUGGUCAGCCAGAAGGAGGCCAUGCACCACAAGGAUGAGAAGGAGACCAUGACGGAGCCUUCGGUGUAUAAAGAUGAUGUGUCCAAACUGAAGGACGAUGAAGUAAAGCAAGCAUACGUAGGCCUCAAAGACACCAACAGAUCUGCUGCUCCAGACUUCCAUAAGCUGAAUGAGGACGGAGAGCUGUGGCUGGUUAAUCAGGGCUUGAAGGAGACCAUCAGAUUACUGGAGCACCAGCUGCAGACUCAGCGAAGGACUUAUGAUAAUGAGGUGGAGGCGUUGCGCAGCGAGCUGCAGAAUGUAAAAGAGGAGAACAACCGUCAGCAGCAGCUCUUGGCCCAGAAUCUGCAGCUGCCUCCAGAGGCCAGAAUCGAAGCCAGUCUGCAGCACGAGAUCACCCGACUCACCAACGAGAACCUGGAACUCAUGGCAGAUGACCCCACAGCAUCCCGAGAGGCUCGAGUCAUCAUUUUACGACGGAUGGUUGAUCUAAUGGAACAGUUGGAGAAGCAGGACAGAACCAUCCGCAAACUCAAGAAGCAGCUGAAGGUUUACUCCAAGAGGAUUGGGGAGAUGGGAGCGGGUCAAACCGAGGGCCAGACAUCUCCAGGACAGAUGGUGGAGGAGCCGAUCCACCCUGUCAACAUUCCCCGCAGGGAAAAAGACUUCCAGGGAAUGCUAGAGUACAAGAAAGAGGAUGAAAUGAAACUGGUUAAGAACCUAAUCCUGGAGCUAAAGCCUCGUGGUGUAGCAGUGAAUCUGAUCCCAGGUCUGCCAGCCUACAUCAUGUUCAUGUGUCUGAGACACGCAGACUACAUCAACGAUGACCAGAAGGUCCGCACUCUGCUCACUUCAACCAUCAACAGCAUUAAAAAGAUCUUAAAGAAACGAGGAGAUGAUUUUGAGACUGUCUCUUUCUGGCUGGCCAACACCUGCCGCUUCUUACACUGCCUGAAACAGUACAGUGGAGACGAGCAAUUCAUGAAGCACAACACGGCAAGGCAGAACGAGCACUGUCUGUCCAACUUCGACCUCGCAGAGUACAGACAAGUGAUCAGUGACCUGGCCAUCCAGAUCUACCAACAGCUGAUCAAAUGCAUGGAGAACAUCCUGCAGCCCAUGAUCGUCUCUGGCAUGUUGGAGCACGAGACCAUCCAGGGCGUGUCUGGGGUGAAGCCCACGGGUCUCCGUAAGCGGACAUCCAGCAUCGCUGAUGAGGGUACCUACACCCUGGACUCCAUCCUCCGGCAGCUCAGCGCCUUCCACUCCACCAUGUGCCAGCACGGCACUGACCCUGAGCUCAUCAAGCAGGUGGUGAAGCAGCAGUUUUACAUAAUCGGCGCUGUCACACUCAACAACCUGCUGCUACGUAAGGACAUGUGCUCCUGGAGCAAAGGCAUGCAGAUCAGGUACAAUGUGAGUCAACUGGAAGAGUGGCUCAGAGACAAGGGUCUGAUGACCUGCGGAGCCAAAGAGACAUUGGAGCCUCUGAUCCAGGCCGCUCAGCUGCUGCAGGUGAAGAAAAAGACUGACGAGGAUGCAGAGGCCAUCUGCUCCAUGUGUCACGCUCUCACCACUGCUCAGAUUGUGAAGGUCCUGAACCUCUACACCCCCGUCAACGAGUUUGAGGAAAGAGUGUCAGUUGCAUUCAUACGAACCAUACAGACUCGCUUGCGGGACCGUUGUGAGAGUCCCCAGCUGUUGAUGGACACGAAGAUGAUAUAUCCCGUCACCUUCCCGUUUAACCCUUCUUCCCUCGCGCUGGAAACCAUCCAGAUCCCCAGCUCGCUCAACUUGGGGUUCCUCACCCGUGUCUAAUCUGAGCCCAUGAGAGCGCUCUCAGCCCUGCAGUGAAUUUGUUUUAGUGGCCACAGUUGGAAUUGCAAGUCACACCGGCCCCAAAAAGAAUAAAAAAUAUCACAAACACUCAUAAAUGUUAACACGAUUUGAACAGUUAUGUUGAAAUAAACAGUUGAAAAGGUUCAGCAGUUUCUCUAGUCUGAACUUGGACGUGCACGCACAUACAUGCAAAAUGCAGACACUUCACACCUGUAAACUUUCAUCCUCUGAACGUAUACACACACAAACACACUCUUCUCUCUUUCAGAAACGCACAAAUACGCGCACACAGUCAUUUCCGCUUGUUUAAAUCUGGCCGUAAAUCGCCAGCAUCAUCAGCUGCUUGUACAAAUGCCUGCCUCUUAGAGAAGCCACAGGACCAGAUCAAUGCCUCCAGUACUCUCCAUCGAUCCUUCCUCUGUGUUUCCAGUAAUCAUUAAGAUAGUUGUUGUUGUUGUUGUUGUUGUCCCGAUACAUGAGAGCAGGCCCACCAGGCGGUGCUGAAGCCUCAAAACAAGUUAUAAUUUGUCAGGCUGCAGUCGGCCGUGAUGUUAGGUGAAUUCUGAGUUUUUGUCUGAGGACAGUCAAGUGAUGAUGUGCAAAAGUUAGCGCUCUCUCUCCACCCCAUGUUGAGGUCACCACCGGGCAGGUUUCACUUUGUAUGUUUUAUUCUCUGAACACAUCAAGCCAAGACAAAAUUCAUCUGUACUAUAUUAUUUAUACAUAAAUAAAUAUAUAUAUAAAUAUGAAUAAUAUAUAUCCUGUAUUUUAUUUAUUGCACUUAUAGCUACAUCCCUUUUUAAGAUGAGAAGCUUUCUCCUUGCAGCGAAUGUGUCCGAAGUGAAGGAUGGGACCACUCUUUCCCACAGCAAACAGCUUCGUAGUGAUAAUUUAAGUUUUAGUUGCUUUCUUGGCAAUUAUGUCAAUAUCAGGUAAAUAUGUAGUAUCUUAAAUGAGUGCCGGCACAGAUAAUUAUUUGUUAUGUUGCAUCUGUUGCUUCUUUGUUGUGUUUAGCCUGCAUUUCUGGCAGAUGAAGUGUAGCACAGGUUUUAUAAGCGAGGACAGAUUUAGAAGGUAUGAGGUUCAAACUCUGUAAAGGGUUUAACCUGCUACAGUCUGCGCCGUUUACAGCUGUGACCAAAGCCGAGCGUCACAGGAAACACUGACAUGAACACAUACUGUACGAGUACACAACCUUACACUCUGCUUACUGUUUUUUUUUUCCUUGUCUUCUGGCUUUGUCAGAGCCAUGAAAAUGUUUUACUGUUAUUGUUGUGCGAAUAUUUAUUUUUUCAGUAUUGCCAUUGUCGUAAAGCCAUGUAUUACUGAACAGAAUAGAUGGGAAAGGCUCUGAAGUUGGUCCUCUGCUGUAUCCUCUCACUAACACAACUCUGUGGGUCGAUGACUCUUACAUCUCUUACGCCCUGUACCUUCACUCAACGUGGGCUUUUAUUACCAGAAAAACAGAAUGUAUUCUCACUUAUCCCUCGUCUCAGCUGCACGGUUGGGUUAAGGGUUACAAAUGAGGAUAUUUUGUUUGUAUUUCUGUGUUUGCUGCACAUGUUAUUUUGGUUCAGAUUAUUUACUGGCAUGCACUGCCUCUGCUGCUGCCCUCAUUUGGCUUUACCAGCAUUAGGGUUCAUAAAAAUUCAAGUGCACGUUUUUGCUUAUAAUGAAGAGAAACCCCAGCAUAGCUGAAGUGUUGGAUGAGUGUCUGGUAAUCUGCCCAUGUUGUGAUUGAAGUAGUUUGCACACGUCGGAUUUGGACAUGAGAAUGCAAACAUCUGGUUCAGUCGGAUCAGAUAUUAAAUGUCUUUAACCUUCCAGCUCGUGUAAGAAAAGUCCAGCUAAGUGUCCCAAAAAUUAACAGCAAACAAGUGGGUGUUAUGGGAAGCACCUCUGGUACCAGUGUUGGUGUGGAACCAGUUCAGAGAACGAGCUCACAUUUCUGCAGGUUUGAGAACCAGUAAUUUUGCAGUGUUAUUGGCACAGUUUGGAUCAUUUCUGUGGCAAGAAAUCAUGUAAGAUAAAAGCUGUGGGCUCAGUCUGUCAGUCACUGGUAAAUUUCUUGUGCUAGCCCCUCCCACAUCCAUUAACAUCAGCAGUUGGGAUUAGGGUGCCAACUGUUUGGCAGCGACAACAGUCUGUUUUCGAAGAAAGAGGAAAUGCAUAAAAUCAGUUCUAGACAGGUCACAGUGGAAAAUAAAUAAAAGGAUGUCCUGACAUGAUUCUUCUGCCAUUAUCUGGAAUCUGUGUGAAAAUGGCUUUUCUUUUGUUUGCAUUACCGUUGCACCUGCUGCCUCUUUUUUUCAGUAUUAAGUUGCUUCUUGCCCUCACCUUAUUUUGCCCGGUGACCUUAUCCUUAUGAAAACAUAUUUCACUUUGACGCUAUAUUUUCUCCUUAUGCGUGUGAGCAGGAUUCUGCAGCUCUGAUUUUCAUUUUUGUUUUUUUGAAACUUUCAUGCAGAGAAAAAGAAACACUUCAUCAAAUUGAAGUAUGUCAUAAAAUGCCAAACUCGACUAAUUUUAAGUGGAGUAAUUAUGUAAAGCUGUUUUGUGUUGUACUUUCCUGGGACCAGGUUUUAUCAGUCAACAUUUUAGCAUUGGUUGGACUUGUAGCUGGUUUACUGUAUGUCGUGUGUAAAGCGAGCAUAUCUUGUAGUUGUAAGAAAGGCGGUUACUGAAGGAAUUAAACAACUAUAUGAAUGUUUAAAAAAGUGUAUCAUGAUUUUUAGCUGCACAUUGUGGACAAAGCCUUAUCUGAAUCACUUGCUAUCUGAAUGACUUAUACACAUGAUCAGUGAACAUUGUGGCAUUGUUUCGUUCUUUCAGUGCAGUAUUUUUUUUUUCUUUUCCCACUGUAAAAUGAAUAGAAGAUGUUUUAUUUUAUGUGUCACUCUGUCCUCCAGUUUGUGUCACUGAUGCUCUGUUUAUUCGUCAGCAUCAAAAUGAAGUUUUUUCAACAUUGCAGAGGGAAUCUGAAACUAUAGAUGGGUAUGAACUGCAAAAAGAAAUCCAUCAAAUGUAUUUCCCUUAGAUUUCCCUGACCUUUGCACACAAGUGUGGCCUGUUAAGCUUCCUCUAGCUAAUCUCCUGACCGACUGGACACCUCUUUGUAAAUGCUGUAAGUUAAUGUAUGCCACAGGUUUCAAAGAUGCAGCUCAGACAGAGUGGACAGUACAAAGGCUGACCUAAUUUCAGAGAAAUAAAAAAGCAUAUUCAUUCAUUCAGUGGUUUUUGUUUUGCUUUUUAAGUUGAGCAGAGCUGCUGCAGCAUCUUGUUCCCCUGGGCUUCUCUUGGGCUCUCAAACCAGAGAAUUAUGUCAUUUGUUCACUCUGCAUUUUCAUAUUAAAGAGAGAAUUGGCUGUAUGAUAUGACUCAGACAUUAUAAAUUACCAUUAUUCUUAUCAGCACUAGCAUAAAUUGUGCCGUUUUAAAGAAAUAUUAAAAACUAACUUAAAAAGAGAUAUGUCAUGUCCCCAGCUCUUGUGGUACUGGUUUGAACAUGCUGAAGCCAGUACCAAAUGCCUCCUCUCUGAACCCACGUGUACAUUUGAAAAACUGGACUGUUUGUAGUUUCUGGUAGCUGUGCUUAGUGAAUGUGUUCACCAUAAAGAAACUUGUAAUAAAUUGUCAAAUCUGUAAAAGUAAAAUAAAAGAAUUCAGCACUGUCA